GAGCUGCCCCUGAGCGCCGCUGAGCUGGGAGAGGAGGAGAGCACGAGCGCUGAGUUGGAGUUAGGAGCUCAGCACCAUCACAUGCGGAUCCGCGGCUGUAAAGUGGGAUGGUGAGAGGGGGGAGUGUGUGAGGAGAUGGGCUGCGCCUCGGCUAAGCAGGUAUCGGCCGUACCGAGUGACGACGAGGGCCGAGGAAAGGCCUACAGCAACGGAGACGUCUACUCCGAUGAGUACAGGAUGAAAGGGGUCGAGGAGGUGAAGUACAUGCGUGGAGAGGAGGACAGAGUGAACGCACGCAACCAGGAGAAUCUGGAGAAGAGUUCAGCACAGAACAAAACAAAGCUGCACAAAGAGAUGCCAGGAGCCAACGCCAACAAGGCCAACAUCCACACAUCAGAGAGUCAGCAGGAGUUCUUCCGAAUGCUGGACGAGAAGAUUGAGAAGGGACGAGACUACUGUUGGGAGGAAGAGCGAGCGAGGGAGAACGAGAGAAAAAUCGAGAGAACAUUCCCUUCUAUGGAGUGAAUUCAAAUCAGUGUUUUGUCUAUACAGAAUGGAAGUGUGUGUAUAUGUGUGUGUGUGUGUGUGUGUGUGCAUGUCCGAGCGUGUGUUUGUAUGUGUGUGUGAGAGAGAAAGAGAGAUGGAGAAAGUAGCAGUGGGUGCGAGCCUGCGAAAUGGGAAUUUCCCUGGAGAACUAUAACUCCGCCCCCUUGUCCACACACUUUCCCCUGCUUUCGACUACGGUGGAAAAAUCAAAGGGACAUUUCUUUUGAUUGAUGUUUCUUUGAUCUGAUCGACUAAGGAUUUAACCCCGCCCCCUCUGCAUCUCCUGCUUCGACCUGAUUGGCCGGUUCUGGAUGCACAACUUCCUCCUCGACUCUGAGAGACAAUGAGAAGAAAGGAUGACAAGGGAAACAGGAUGUUUUUGUUUCCUCGGGGGAAAAACAUGGGAUAAAAGGAUGCAACCGAGUGUGUGUGUCUGUGUGUGUCUGUGUGAGUGUGUGUGUGUUUGUGUGCGCGCUUGAGAAACAGAAGAGAUAUUUUAAUAAGAGAGAUAUGAGGAAUGGAAAGCGUCGAACUCCUGCCUUUUGAAGGACAUUUUUUCGGAUUUUAUUUGUUUUUGUUUUUUGUUGUUGUUGUUGUUGUUGAUGAUGUUUUUGGCUCAUACCAUAGCACAGCGUCCCCUUUAGACUAUAAAACGUCAUUUGCAGGGCCGCACUGACCCCAUACACACCCUUCACACACAUUGAAACACAUUACAUAUCAGAUCUGACACUGACACACUGAUUGUAGCAAGUUCUGCUUAACCUCCUUCCUAUCACACACACACACACACACACACACACACACAGGCUACAUGCUAAUUCUGACACAUUUCCAGUUAAUCUGACGGUUCGCUGGCACACAAAUUGAAUAUGAAAUGCUUCCACCUGAUUAUUCAAAAGGUGUUGAUUAAUUCUCUAGAACAGCAGCUCUGACCGUAGCGCAAGUUUACAUUAAUGCACUCGUUCUAACACUUUAUCAUUCCUGUAGCAAAGGCUCAUUCAAAGUGGCGUGUAUCGUGUAUGGUGUACAAAAUCUACAUCUAAUAAUAAAAAUCUUUCGUUAGAAAGAAGUAUACAGCGGUACCUCGGCAUACAAAUUUAAUCCGUUCCAAAGGCGAGUUCUUAAGGUGAAAUUUCGUAUAGUAAAACACAUUUUCUCAUAGGAAAUAAUGUAAAUGCAGAUAAUCUGUUUCAGCAUAAUAAUAUUUUUCUGCAUAUAAAAACAAUCAAAACAUUUAGAAAAAAAAACAUUUAAAUUAAGUGAAAAAUAGACAUUAAAGCUCACUUAACCUUAAUUUAUGAUUCCUCUUAGCACCAGCUGCUUUAAAACCCAAACUGAAAGCGGCUCCCUUUUUCUCUCGCUACCGUCCUCACUAACAUUCUUGGGACACAUGGUGCUAUGUCUUCACUAAAUCUUGCACUUAAUGCAAUAAAAACUUACAAAAAAUAUCUAAACACACUUUACUUGGCUUUCCACCGACGCAAACAAGUUUUAAACGGUUCUCGGAUGGAUGUGCAAUUUAGCCGGUGUUCGGUUCGGCUCGUUUGUUCGCUCGUAUCCUGAAAAUGGUUUCGUAUGGCGAGGCAAAUUACCUGCAAAAAUUAAGUUUCUUAAGGUGUAAAUUUGUGCGGCAGGGCGUUCGUAUGCCGUGGUACCGCUGUAGUUAAUGAUACAGCGAUGGAAGGAGUCUCCAGUUUCAGAGCUUUGUCAGACAUUCACCAAACGACCAAAGAAAAUAUUUGAAAAAGGUAAAGGAACAGCUGCUUACAUAAAUCAUGAUCUGACUUUUUUCCUGUACGUUCCACAACAUCAAAUCUUACUAUGGAUUUCAAUUUAUUAAUACAUUUAAAUUUGAAAACGUGGGCCUGUUGUGUAUGAGGAAUAAAACCCCCGAGGGACAUGCUGUUCUUGGAAGUUGAUCAAGUUUGAACUUGUAACAGUAAAACCCGAUAAGACACCCAGAGCAGCUAGAGUGGUGGAAAAUACAACACACACAGUGUUAUUCGAUUAUUAUCACACCUCGAAACAAUGUCAACUAGUACGUGAUUUAAAUUAAACCCCCCCCCCCC